AUGGCCCGUUGCUGCAACCUGUUCUUCCUGCGCACGUGCAGAUAUAGCCAUUCCCUCUUUUUGAUCCCUGAACCGGAAGUUGUCAAUUCAACAUGGCUGCCCCCUUCUGUCGCACCAAGUGCUCGUCCGUGGAAUCCCGACUUCAAACAUACAGACAGGGAAAGGUGGAUAUGUGUGUACCCAGCUUACAUCAACAGCAGGAAGUCACUGAAGGAGGGGCGCAGAAUACCAAAGGAUCAGGCGGUAGACAACCCCAGUUAUGCAGAGAUCCGGGAUGUGUGCGCAGCUGCUGGUUUGACACUUGGUGUAGAGAAUAAAGUUUACCCCCGGGAGUUGGAUCACCGAGAUCAGAAGUUCAGAGGUCGGAUCCGUGUCCAGCUGAGAAAUGAGGACGGACUGCCAGUUUCAGAACAAUUUCCAUCUCGUCAGUCUCUCCUGGUGUACCUCGGACAGACCAUCCCCAAGUUGAAAGCCCGUACACAGUCUCAGUCCCAGUCUGGUGGCCAUCAACAACAGUCUUCAAAACAGCAGAAGAAGAAAGGUCGCAAAGGAAAAUAAACAUGCUUGGUUAAACCGUCUCUUCGCAUUACAAUAUAACACAAAUUCUUCAAUGUCAAAUAUGUUAUGAACCGAUUACUGCAAUGAACAUCUGUAUGACUAAUGUGUCACACGACGACGUUGUUCAGUCUGUUUGGAUGGAAUCACACUUUGCUGUUUAAGUUUUUCUACUGUAGAUUGUAUCAUUAUUUAUCUUGUAGAAACAGUUUGUUACUCAUAGUUGUAAAUAUUUCGAAAGAGUAUUUGAAUGUCUGGCUUACAUGUAUGUCGAUGAUGGUAGUUUUAAUGCCGAGAACAUUAAACGUUAAAUCUUAAGGAUUGUGUAUGAUGGUGUGUAUUCAUCGAAUGUAUGACGUGUUGGUUAUGGUGGCUUGUGUUUGUUUAGAGUAUCGGAAGUCUUCUUGUUACAGAGUUUGACAUCCAUAACCUGUUGGCUUAGGUUGGGGAUAACUUGUUUAGGGGGUGGUGGGGUGAAGGAGUUAACCCCCCUGGGAAAAUGGUUAACUUGUUAGCAUGGAGUUGGGGAAUGAGGUUAAUUUGUUAGCAUGGGGUUGGGAAUGAGGUUAAUACUGUUAGCAUGGGGAUGGGGGGGGAGGUUAACUUAUUAGCAUGGGGUUGGGGUUAACUUGUUAGCAUGGGGUUGGGGUUAACUUGUUAGCAUGGGGUUGGGGGAGGUUAACUUGUUAGCAUGGGGUUGGGGAAGUUAACUUGUUAACAUGGGGGUGGGAAAGUUAACUUGUUAACAUGGGGUUGGGGGAUGAGGUUUACUUGUUAGCAUGGGGUGAGGGAAGGAGGUUAACGUGUUUACGUGUGGAGGGGCUUAACUCGGGUAAGGUAACCAGUUAACUACGGGAAGGAA